UUUCUAAGAUAUAUGUAUACAUACGUAGGUAUGCAGUACAAUGAAAAUUGCUGAAACUAAAGAAUAUGAAAACUAUAAUGAUAAAAACAGAAGUUUUUUAAUAAACAGCCAAUUCAUUUUUAAUAGGUACAUAUUAACGUUACACCAAUUGCACCUAUAAUAUGCUCUAUAUAUAUAUGUGUGUGUGUGUGUGUGUGUGUGUGUGUGUGUGUGUGUGUGUGUGUGUGUGUGUGUGUGUGUGUGUGUGUGUGUGUGUGUGUGUGUGUGUGUGUGUGUGUGUGUGUGUGUGUGUGUAUGCAUGUAUAUAUAAUGCAAAUAUAAUAUAAACAGUACUCUUUCGUUUAGCAGACUUUAGGUCAAUAUAAUCCCUUCAUUGAUUAAAGUCGAUAUUCUGUCAGAGUUCUUUCCCUAAAGGACGUCCUUCGUAGUGGGGUGGGCUGACGAAUAAGGGAGAGAGAACUGGCCGUCGACCCCGACAGUUUAGUUGCCUUAUGAACCGCGUAUGGGUCGUUCGUGUUUUACCCUUACAUUUUCUCUAUUAAAAUUCCUUUUACAUUUCUUUCAUUCUGUCUGCUAUAGAUUUUUUUCUGCUUACGAUUAAUACGUUAUUGUCUAUGAUUGUUUCAUUGGAUCAAUGAGGACGUCGUGUGAGCAUUUAAAAGGAAAAGUUUGGAAACAUAAAUAAGAUAGAUUAUGAUGUUAAUGCUUAACAUUAUGGUUAAUGGUAAUAAAGACGACGUACUAUCAAGCAUUUUCCUAAAUUGCGAAGGUGAAAAAAUGUUGGAGAAGUGAAUAGUGAAAGUUUGCGGUGUACAUAAGUCCUUCGAUAUCGAUUUCUGCAAAUUGCAGUGGUGCAUCCUCCACCAACAGCACAUUUAUGACUCUGCUGCUCUCAAUGCGAGAAAAAUUAUUCUCGAGGAGAAUGUUCGCAUCCAGAUAAACCAGAAAAUUAAAUUGAACACGGAUGACGAAUUGGAUAUGAAUUUGAAAUUUAAAUGGCUCUUCCUUGGAAUACUAGUUACCAUCCUCCUUGAAUUCGAUAUUACUAGAUCAAUGAUAAAGGAAGAAGAUGAGUUUGUUGCAUUGAAAAUUGAUUCUCCUUCUUCUCACGUCGCUCUUUCGGGAGACCUUACAAUAUCUGUUAGAAAAUCGACUGAAACGUUAGAAAAAACAAAGUACAAAUAUGGAUUCAAAGAAGAAGAAGAAGAAAAUGCAGAUUCGAAAUCACUUGAAGUGAUUUCUAAUCAAUUUUUUCUACUGAGAGUACUGUACCUUUUUGAAGACAUAUCAGAAUUAAUAGGUGAAAUUCAACUGGAACAAUUGCCUUCGGGAAAUGAAACCAUUUCAAUCAUCAUUCCCUGCGGGUAUUUUACUCGUGGCGGUGUUUACGUUCUACGAGUGGAAUAUAAGUAUGAAAAUUCAACAGUGCCUGUUGCCACUCUUCAUCAGACAAGUAAAAUAUUAGAUGUAAAGUGGCCACUACCAACAAUCUUCUUAGAAUCUCAGCAAAUUUCUACUUACCCGGAUAAGCCUGUCAAAGCCACAAUAAGAUACAAUGGAGUAAACUGCAGUCCAUCUGAUAAUGUUCCUGUAGCUGUUUACAUCCUACAAUUAAUAUAUUGCGGAUCUAGUGUAACUGCUUGUUAUUUGCAGAAUAAUACUUAUAUUCAAAUAUUAUAUUAUGAAGAAAUAAGAGAUUUUUUACCAACAAAGACUAUUUUUUUCCGAUGUGAAUUGCUCGGGUUACCUGGCAAUUAUGCUGUAAGAUUAAAAGCUUCGAAUACCAAUCCUACAGCACCAAAUACUAGCGUGUACUUUAAGGUGAAAUGGUCUGAAGAAUUUAAACUUACGGUUCAUGCAAGAUCGAUAUAUCCUUGUGAAGGGUCAGGAGGUGUAGCCGUCCUUUUCGAAUAUCCUGCGUGUCGACUAGAAGGUGAUCGUGUUCGCGUUUAUGGUCGUUUGAAAGCUGAUGUUACUUCCGUUGCUUCACCCUCCAGUCUUCAUUAUAUUACCGAAUCUAGAUCAAUACCUGGCAAGCAUUCCUUGGCUUUCGAUUGUGAUCUUUUCACAGAAAAAUUUGUCGAAUAUUGUUUCGUCUAUGUUAGCCAGGCGGUCACAGGUGCUAUGGGGGACGUUAAUAUGUCCUGCAUACCCACCUUCCCUCUCCAAGAAAGUGAUGCUGCUGGUUGGGGACCUUGGAGUUCAUGGAGCCCAUGCAGUAGCUCGUGUUUUGGAGGAAUUCGAAAUCGAUAUCGCUUUUGUGAUACUCCACCUCCGAAAUACGGAGCAAGAUUUUGCCAGGGAAAGGCAAUAGAAACUGAAUUCUGUGGCAAAAUAUUUUGGGAAGCAUCCUCUAAAAAUGAAGAAUGGCAUAAUCGAAUUCAGAAUUCGAUAUGCGAUAGUGCAGUUUUAGCUGCAACAAAGCCGGAAGUUGUAGCUAACAUUGGAUUACAGUGUCGAUGUGGAUGUCGUAUUGUAUUAAAGCAUCAACCUUUCAGGAAAAUCCUUGGAGCUAAUACUCAAGCUUGCCCUGGCCGAUCAUUCUGGCUUUUGCAAGCGCAGGCGGAUUUUAUAAUUGGAUUACAUUUAGAUCAAUUACAAUUUCCUUGCCCGGGGCAGUAUUUUCGUGUUCGGGAUGGGAAUUCCUUAAAUGCAGAUCUCUUAAUCGACGUUACAUAUGAUAAAAUGCAAUUUACUGUGAAAACACUCGUCAGCUCUGGGCAAAAUUUAUUACUGGAAUUUUUUAGUGAUGAACUUGUAGCAUCAGGAGAUGCUUGUAUCGGUGGUUUUCUUGCCCAUGCAGCUGUACUAGAUAAAAAGUAUCUAAAAAGGAAUAGAACCACCACCACUGUGCCUUUUGAAACAAAUUCAACGAACGUUGAAGAAGAAUGGAUCUUCUGGAAACCAGCACAUUUAGCAACUGCCUUGCUAUUGAUACUCAUAUUUAUAGUUUCUAUUUUCUUGACGUUACAAUUUAUUAUAAAGUAUAGAAAGUAUCGUAUUGCUGAGGAUUUGGACAGUCUCAAUGAUGUUUCAGAACUAAUGCCUGAUCGAUCAAAAUUUCUAUCUACAAGUACAAUCAUUUCCGAAGUUAUCUCUAUGAUAGAAACAACCACAAAAUCUGCUCCAAAGGAGACUUUAAGUAAUACAGAAGAUCACUACCAUAGUAUUGAAACCUUAACAGGGUGCAAGGAUGAAUCUACAUUGAGUUCUAGUACAUUAAAAUUAAAUAGCACAUUGGAAAGUUCUUCUGACAAAACAAUCACAUCAAUAAAGUCAAACUGUGAUAAAUUAUUAUCAGCUUCCAGUAUUCUUGUGUAUCAUAAACCAGAAGUUAAAUAUGCUUAUCCCGUAAAGUUACAAACAAUAGAUUAUGAUGGUUCAGAAGAGAAAGAAUCAAAAAUGGAAAACGGUAACUUAAAAGAUAAUAAAAGUAAUAGCAUCUCAAAAAUUUAUCAAAAUAAUGAUAUUAUUUAUUCAGAAGGAAAAGAAUCUUCACCUGAAAGUGUUAUUUCAAGUCCAUCAAUUUUAGUAAGUGGGAAAGAAACAAAGGAAAGAAGAAAUCGUGAAAAACUUCUACAAGGCCCAGGAUCAGAAUUUAGUCUAACAAAUCCUGAUUCAGAACUCGAACUGGAUUAUUAUGAUUACAAUGUAGCAAAUGCUAGUGCUGUUCCAGGAUCUUACUUAGGAAUGGAUCCUGCUUUUUUAGUUUGGAUCCCACCAAUCGAGGAUUUACAUCUAGACACAGAAGAUCUUCUCUUAGGAAGCAAGAGAAAUUCUAUUUUGGCUCUUGAGACUGAAGGUGCUGCAUUAACACCUUCCGAAUAUAGAAGAAUGAAACUUUCUAGUUUUGAAGAUUUUGGAUUUGAAUUGGAACAAGGAACAAGAACGUUUGAAAAAUUACUUCCUGUCCAAAAACUUCUAGAAGAUUCUAGUAUUAAAGUAAGCAUGGAAUCUGUAUCUGGUAUCCUUGAGCAUAAACAAUACUGUGUUAUUUCAAACCGGAGGGUUCGUCUAGGCAAAGAUGAAGAAUCAAGCGAAGAAUCGAACUCUUCUAAAAGCCUUCUUGGAAGCCCUAUAAAUAUGCUGAAUAACGAUGAAAAUAAUAAAGGAAAACUAUGUUCUACGCCAAACAGAAUUUUACAAAAAGAUCUUUCAAAGAUAAAGCAAAAUUGUAAUCAAAAAAAAAUUCCCAACAAUCAAGACGAGGAUAUAACAAACAUGUCUUGUAAAUAUAAAGAGUUAAUGGAGUGCAGUCAGUCAAUUACAAACAUAAAGGACACAGUAAAUAUUCCUAUGACAGAAUUAUCAGGGAGCCCUUUAAAAAGCUUUUCUCAAGUACGAAAAUUAAAUAGCAGAGAUAUUGAUGCUUCUUUAAAUGUUCAAAAUCCAGAUUAUGGUAUAGAAACAUUUUGCCUAAAGCAGGGGUCUUUUUAUGAUCAAAAUAUUAAAUUUGUUGACGAUGAUGACGAUGAAUAUAUCGACUAGAAAUUUUAUAAAAUUAUCCUUAUUCGUUUCUACUAUAAUUUCUAUAAUUUUUUUAGUUAAACGUUUUCGUUUAUAUCAUUCGCUAGCUUAAUAGCACGCGAACAUUUGAUUAUUUAAUGGUAUUUAAUGGUAUUUUAAAUACCUUAAUAUUAUUUCUUUAAAUAUAAUUAUAUUUCUUGUUAUUACAAAGUAAUGAUUUUAGAAAAUUGUUAAACUUGUAACAAAGAACAUUAAUGUCUCUCAAGAUAUAAUCAAGAGUUGAUUGUCGAGGCUUUUUUUUAUCUCUAAUAGAAUUUGGAUUUUGAUGUAAUAAUUAAUGUUAUAACGGCUAACUGAUAUAAUAGUUAGUGGCGAUCUAAAUGAACAGACAAUGAAAAAAAGAACAAAGAGAAAAACUAUAUUUAACUACUUUGACUCUGCUACCGAACGAUUCAUAUCGAUUUACAAAAUUUACUGUAACUUCGUCAAUUAUAAAGAUACGGCUAUUAAAUUUAGAGGGAAUAUGUAAAAAGGAAUAGGCAAUCUAUUUAUGAGCCUAAAGCAGUGCUUCUUAAACUUUUCGCAUUCACAAUCUCGAAAAUUUUCACGAUAAAUUUCACCCGUAAUUCUGUUACACGAUCUCAUAUGGGGUUGCGAUCUAUAGUUUAAGAAGUCUUGAUAUAAAGGGACGAUUAUAAAAUGCUACGUAGCGGCAUUUACUAGCUCGAUCGUUGAAUACUAAUGGCUCACUGCCAUGAGGUAGUAGAGAUAAUAAGGUCAUAUUAUGCGGAAAUCUUCGAGUUGCAUUUUGAAAUAUAUUACUAUAAUAUUAUCACGCUCAUAUGUUGAACUAAAAAGAUUUUUUUUAUAGAUGAAUAAUUAGAUCUUUAUUUUAAAUUUAAAAAUGUUUGUAAAGUUCAAAUUUUUGUUCUUCUUCUUUCUUUAUUUCGAUUUUGAACUUGUACGAUUUAUCGGGAAUCAAAAAACAUAAGUCUGUGAAACUUUAUCAAAAAAAAGGCAUAAGGUCUAAGAGAUCUCAUAUUUCCAACAAAAAUAUCCAAAAGUAAAUUUCAAGUAAUAAACAUGGAAUUGAAUGCAAUAAGGGAGACUAAUUUCUAGUUUUUGGAAUCAGAUCUUCGAUAUUUUUAAAAUCGUUAACCACUUUAACAUGAUUAUGUGCAAUUGUAUAUAAUAAUUCUCAUUAUUUAAUCAUUGGUAUAGUACAAAUUAUAUGGCGCAGUACGGUUACUCUAAGAUUUACUAUUUUGCUAUGUAAUUGUAUAAAAUAUAAAAUGUAUCUGAAAAUAUAUAUAUCAUGCAUAAGAAUGAUACGGCUAACGAAAGAUAGCCGUGAGUAAAUGUAUAUUCUUAUAUAACUGAUGUAUAUCAAUUUUUCUUCUUCAAAUAACUCGUAACAGAAAUCAUGUGUAAAGCUGUAAUAUAUUUUAUAGGAGCUGAUUUCUAUAUCACUUAUAUUACUUAUUUCAAGCAUUAAUUUAGGUCUCAUUUACUUUUCUAGAAAAGGAUAUAUGUAUUGUUAAUUAAUACAGGAUGUUUCGUGUACCUCGGUUACUUUAAUAUCCUAAGACGCCUGUGUAUACCUUUUGUAAUACGAAAAAUUGUAUGAGGAAAAAAUUGACUACUUUGGAACAACGAACACUAUAAUUCAUGACUUCACCCACAACGUCAUCUGAAGCAGUCAAUUUCAUCUUGCCUGAUUACAAUUAAAAUAAUAUUGUCACGUUGAUUAAUAAUUCACUAGCAAUAUUUUUAUUGUUCUCUUUGUAUAUAAAUGGUAAAGUAAAUUAUCAAAUAUGAAAUACAAAAGUAAUGUAAUUCGACGAUGUAUUUGAGAAAUAAGUUUGCCAUAUGUUACAUGAAAAUAUAUGUAGAUACUAGUUUUUAUCAUACAUAUACGAUGAAAGGAUAUCGAUAUUUAAAAGAUUAUAUAUUUUUAGAAACGUACAUAUACAUAUUUAUAAUAUUUAAAAUUAAUAUUUAUAUGACGUUAAAUUAGUAAUUAUCAUUUUCAACGUGUAUAUACAUUCAACUAAUGUUAAUUUUUAAUCACUAAUUUUAAAUUACAUUCUACGUAAAUUAAUUUCUAUUUAUUAUUGAUUUCUUGCAAAGCACUAGUCAUCGGAUGAUUAAUUUUUAGUUUUCUCAUCUUCUAUUUCGAGUCAAUUAGUACGUUAUGCUACGCGCUGUAAUGAUGUAAAAAUUUUUAAUCAAGUAAUAGCAUAUAAAUUAAUGUAUAUAAUUAAUACUGUAACCGAAACAAAGAAUAAGAUUUAUCGGAUAAUACAUUCGACAAACAUUUUGUAUCAAAUUUUACUGUACUUUAUUAUAAUUUUUAUUGUAAACAUUCUAUGCAUACAUUUGAAAAAUACGUUUUAUGUGUCACGAUUAAAUAGCAAAAUUAAAUAAAUUAAAAGAAUAUUUGACCGAG